UAUCUUUUUUUUUUCUUGGGUGUAAUUUCGAUGCAAUUUUGAAUUGUUUUUGUUUGCAUUUCAUGGAUUUUGUCGGUGUCGUCUGAAGUGUUGAUUUCUAAUGAAAUGUUUGAAUUUUAUUUUGAAUUUCAUUUUUUACUGCCUUUUUUUCUGGACACUAUCAAACAGUAAUGUUUUCAUCUGGGUAAUCGUUAAUGUUUGAUAAAAUUUUAAAUUAUUGUUUUAUGGAGUGAAAAUUAUAUGGGUCUAUAGUUUUUUAGUUAAAUUUGUAAUUUCUUGGUGAUGGUGAGUUGGAUGGUUCAGUUCUGCAAUUUGAGUCAAUCUCUCGUCUUCUUUUAAUAAAAGUAAAUUCUUUUUUUUUUUUUUUUACUUUAUGCUUUUAUUUUGUUAAAUUUUCUUUAAUUCGCAGACUGAUUGUUUGUUGGGUUUUUUUUUUUUUUUUCCUUUGACAUACUCUCUUAUGAAAAUUUCGAAAUCUAUGUUUUAUGGUGUUUGUCUCUCCUGCACGUUCGCCUAAACAGUUCGACAAUUUGAGGAAGGAUUAAGGGGCUCAUGGCAUCCUGGUGUGGUUGUUGGGGUUUCUGACUUAUGCCGUAUGAUUGAAUAUGAUGAACUCCUAUGUGAAAAUGGUGACUCGAAGCUCAUUGAGUCAAUUCCGGUUACUGAGGCAAUUGAUGGCCUUCAUCGCCGCCGCCAUGUUUCCUCCACCUAUCGUGGACGUAUUCGGCCUCCACCUCCCUGGUCACAUGUUGAUUCUAGUGAGAAGUUAGGUUUUGGGGUUUGUGUUGAUGCUUGGUUUGAGGAUGCAUGGUGGGAAGGUGUUAUUUUCGAUUGUGAUCACAAUGCAAAUGAGCGAUGUGUUUUCUUUCCUGAUGAGGUUGAUGAACGCAAAUUCUGUGUGAGUCAGUUGCGUGUAGCUCAUGAAUGGGAUGAGUUCUUGGGGGGUUGGAAGGACCGGGGUGUGUGGAUAUUGGUACAGUUGGCCAGGGAUCUUGAAGGAGAUGUUCCAUUGGCUAAGUUUGUAAAGAAGAUUUGGUCUGCCUUGCAGUUAAAUUAUGGAUUUAUGAAGAUGAUUUCAGAGUGGCCAUGCGGAGUUAGGUCUGUGUGGAAUAGAUACUUCAUGGAUGUUGUUUAUGAAAUUGCCAUUAGAUUGAGUCGGCGAGAUCUAGGUUAUCACAAAAUCUUGUCAUACUUGGUGGCAAAAAAAGGAAAUAAAUUGAAGGCUUCCCAACAAGCUAGUUCAAAUUCUUCUCUCUGUGAUUCACUAAUUCAAUUAAGAAAUCACAAAACUGUGUCAUAUAAAAUCAGAAAGAAAGGAAAUAAAUCAAAGGAAUCUCAGCAUGCUGUUUUAAAUUCUCAUCCAUGUGAUUCUCUGGUUAAGGUAAAAAAUCACAGUGAAUUCAAGGUUACCAGAUCAAGUCAAAAAGGAGGAGAAGAUUCUUAUGGUAAAUGCAAUAAAAGGCAGCAGUUACCAAGUUCAAAAUUGGAAAAUGAGAAACAGCCCCUGACAAACACAAUUGAUCAGAAUGGUUUUGAGGAUAAUAAUCUGUGUAAGGAAAAGGAUAUGACAACUGGUCCUUCAUACAUGGAGAAAGCUACUGUUAGCAAAGAUGUCUGUGAUAGAAGUCCCAAUUGUGGUUCAGAUUUACACCAAGAAGCAAAUUGUGUUUCUUUUCCUAUACAAAAGACGCCUGAUCGGUUAGAAUCCAAUACAGAGAAGCUAAAUUCUGCUGUAACGUGUGAAGGUGACCAUAAUAAGUUCCUCACAGAUACUUCAAGAGAGGAGAAAACUUCUCAGUGUUUGCAUCACGUUCAAAAAUGUCAAUCAGUUAAAAGACAAAGAAAUUUGAAAAAAAGAAGUUUUAACAAUAAACUUCUUAUGGUUUUUACUGACUUUUUGGAGAAGCAGAAGGACAAGAAGGCAUCUGUUUUUGUUGUGCAGAAGAGAAGGAACUGCUCAAUAAUGAAUAAGAGGGAGUUGAAGAAGUCUGAACAAGUCAAUUCAAAACUAAAGUUAACACCUAAGAUUGAAGAACAUGGGCUGAAUGCUGUUAGGACAAGGAAUUCUUUAUUUUCUAAAUCCUGUCUCCCAACUAUGCAAUUUGAUGAAUAUGGUAAAAGUUUUGGGCUUAAAGAUACAGUGUCUAAUUCUAGAAAGCAUAAGAUGAAGCAAGGAUAUUAUACUGGUCAACUAAGGGACACAAUCUGUAGUGUUUGCCACCACUGGGGAGACCUUGUCCUUUGUGAUCACUGCCCUUCUUCAUAUCAUUUGAGUUGCCUUCACCUUAAGGCUUUUCCAGGCCGAAAUUGGUUUUGUCCAGCUUGUUGCUGUGGAUUAUGUGGAUUGAGCGAUUCCAAUGAAGAUAAUCAACAGUUCACUAAUACUUGCUUUCAGUGCACCCGCAGAUAUCAUGUGACUUGCUUGAUUAAAGCUGGAAGCCUAUCUCCUACAAAUUACCCUUCAGACAGUUUUUGCACGAUGGCUUGUUUUAAGUUGUCUUCCCAACUUCACCGGCUUUUAGGAAUCUCAAAUCCCACUAUUGUGGAUGGAUUGACUUGGACCUUGAUGAGGUCAAUGAGAAGUGCCUGCAACCCUUUUGGUAUAUCAAGGAUUGGUUCUUGCAUUAAGUUGUCAAGUAUUCUUCGGGUUAUUCAUGACUGUUUUGAGCCUGUCAAGGAGCCUCAUACCAAUAGGGAUAUUGUUCGAGAUGUCAUUUUCAAUUCCACACGACGACGUUAGUGGCGAUAGAUGCAACUCCAUUUCCUUCAGAUCCCCUUUCAAUAUGUUAGGAACCUGGAGAUUUGCGGGUGACACUGACUGAUUGCUACCUCAGUUAUUUGUGCGGGUAGCGGGUUCCAGAGAAACGAGACUUGCUUGAGGACUGUUAUUUGUUUUGCUUCCAAUGUAACAGUAAAUAAUUGCUGAAAACAGAAUGCUAUUGAAUGCUAUUUGAUAUUCCGAUUGAAAUAAAAUUCAUUAAGAAACAGAGGCAUUCGGUAUUCUCUUCCCCUGCUCUAGGGCUACAAAAUCACACAGCAUCCUCCCUGGGCUCAUACAAAUACUCUCUUCACUAAACAAGAUAACUGAAACUCAGACAAAUAACCUCCUCACCAAACAAGAUAAAUGAAACUCUUAAACGGUAACCAGCAACAAAAGAAAUGCAACAACAACACAACUAAAACUCACACAAAAUACUCAAGCUAGAACCCUCACUGAUUUUGAUGACCCAAUGGAUCCCCAAAAACUCAAUACUAACCAGCUUUCGAGAGAC